AUGCCUGGCGUCGUAACAAAAGACAUUACCGGCCCUCUAGUCCGCCACUUCCGCGACAUAAGACGCACCGAUGGCGCCUCAGUCGGCGGCAAAAACGCCUCGCUGGGCGAAAUGACAAGCGCGCUGGUCCCCAAGGGUAUCGCUAUCCCUCCUGGAUUCGCAACAACAUCACAAGCGUACUGGCAGUUCCUCGACGCGAACCAGAUCCGCGAGAAUAUCGCGGGACUGAUCGGCGAAUGGCAGGGCGGACAUGCAACGCUUGCGGAGACGGGGGAUGCGAUUCGCAAGAUCGUGCUUAAGGGGAAGUGGCCUGGUGAUGUAGAGAGUGCGAUUCGGGCUGCGUACCGGGAGCUCUCGAAGGGCAUUGAUGACGAUGGUGCCAGUGUUGCGGUAAGGUCAAGUGCAACAGCAGAGGAUCUGCCCGAUGCUAGCUUUGCAGGACAGCUGGAAUCGUAUCUAAAUGUUGAAGGGGAGGAGGCGGUUCUGCGUGCUUGUCGGCGCUGCUAUGCCUCCAUGUUCACGGACCGGGCGAUCAGUUACCGCGCAACGAAGGGGUUUGACCAGAUGAGUGUUGCGCUCUCUGUGGGAGUGCAGAGGAUGGUGAGGUCUGAUGCGAGUGGAUCUGGGGUGAUGUUCUCCAUUGAUACAGAGAGUGGCUUUGACAAGGUGGUGCUGAUUAAUGCGGCAUGGGGGCUUGGGGAGAAUAUCGUCCAGGGAACUGUUAACCCGGAUGAGUAUCAGGUGUUUAAGCCCCGGCUAGGGGAAGGUAAUGAGCAUUUGGUGCCUAUUAUUGAUAAAAAGUGCGGUGAGAAGGGGAUGAAGAUGGUUUAUACUGCUGCAGAUGACCGGGACCAUCGCAAGGCAGCAGCUGCCACGACGCGCAAUGUACCUACGUCCAGGGCUGAACGGGCUGCAUUUGUGCUUUCUGAUGCUGAGAUCUUGCAGUUGGCACGCUGGGCAUGUACCAUCGAGAAACACUACGGCUGUCCCAUGGAUAUGGAAUGGGCCAAGGAUGGGGUCACAGGAGAGCUGUUCAUCGUCCAGGCACGACCAGAGACCGUCCACUCACGACGAGAUGCUGCUGACGCCACGGUCUUCAAGACCUACAAAGUCGUUGGGAAGAAGGACAGCGUUCUGGCGAGAGGGCUGUCAGUUGGCGACGCUGCAGUCUCCGGCAAUAUCUGCUUGAUAGAGGCAGCAAAGGACAUUGACCGGUUCGUUGACGGAUCAAUCCUGGUGACGCGGGCUACGGACCCAGACUGGGUGCCUAUCAUGAAGCGCGCUGCUGCUAUUGUCACCGACCAUGGAGGCCGGACGUCGCAUGCUGCCAUUAUCAGUCGUGAACUGGGUCUUCCUGCCGUCGUGGGUACAGGGAAUGCAACAUACGUCCUGCAUACAGGACAGGAUGUCACAGUAUCCUGCGCAGAAGGAGACAACGGCUUCAUAUACCCAGGGAUCCUCGAAAUCAAAACCCAGACAGUCGAUUUAACCAGCCUCCCAACAUCCACAACGCAAGUCAUGCUCAAUCUCGCAAACCCGGCAGCCGCAUACCGGUGGUGGCGUCUCCCAGCAGACGGAAUCGGGCUUGCACGCAUGGAAUUCGUCGUGACGAACGCAAUCCAAACCCACCCAAUGGCUCUUGUGCAUUUCGACAAACUCAAGGACGAGCGCGCAAAAGACGAGAUCGCAAGACUCACAGCCGGAUACAGCCACAAGCCCGACUUCUUCGUGGACAAGUUGGCACGAGGCUUUGCCGCGCUCUGCGCCGCUAUAUACCCGAAGCCAGCUAUCCUGCGUCUCAGCGACUUCAAGACAAACGAGUACGCGGGUCUCAUCGGUGGUGCAGAGUUCGAGCCCGAAGAAGAUAACCCUAUGCUCGGCUUCCGGGGGGCGUCGAGAUACUACUCGCCCCGGUACAAGGAAGGCUUUGCGCUUGAGUGCCGCGCGAUCAAGCGGCUGCGUGAGGAGAUGGGAUUCACGAACGCCAUCGUGAUGGUCCCCUUCUGUCGGACGGUGGGCGAGGCGAAGAAGGUUCUCUCGGUCAUGGCUGAGAACGGGCUGCGGCGUGGAGAGCACGGGCUGAAGGUGUAUGUGAUGUGUGAGAUUCCGUCGAAUGUCAUCCUGGCCGCAGAGUUUGCAGAGUGCUUCGAUGGGUUCUCAAUUGGCUCGAAUGAUCUGACGCAGUUGACUCUUGGGAUUGACCGGGACUCGGAGGAGCUGGCUGAGCUGUUCAACGAGCAGGACGAAGCAGUCAAGUGGAUGAUUGCAAAGGUCAUAGCAGUCAGCCACAGUAAAGGCUGCAAGGUUGGCAUCUGUGGCCAGGCACCGAGUGAUCAUCCAGAGUUUGCUCAGUUCCUGACGAAGGCUGGGAUUGAUUCUAUAUCUGUCAGUCCUGAUAGCUUUGUUGCCGUGAAGAGGAAUGUAUGA